ACACUGUGAAGCAGAGCUCAGACGAGGAUGGCGGUGGCGACAGUGGAGGUGGGGGUGGCGGUGACAACGAAUCUGCUACGGCCUCCUCGGAGAACGUCGUGGAGAAGGGAGAAGUAGAAUCUACGAAGGAAGGUGAAAAGGAAAAGACCAUGGAGAGCGAGAAGGAGCGAAGGGAUGAAAAGGAGGGACUCAAGGAAGUUGAGAAAGAAGAUAAGGAUAAGGACAAAGACAAAGACAAGGACAAGGAGGCGAAUAACUCUGAACAGGAGAUGGUUUUCAUUCAAGACAUGGGAUUCACUGUAAAGAUAGUUUGUCCAGGUGCGGAACCCUUCGACAUCCAGGUCUCGAGCAUGGAGCUCGUACAGGAAAUCCACCAGCUGCUAAUGGACCGCGAGGAUACGUGCCACCGGACCUGCUUUUCCCUGCAACUCGAGGGAAACACGUUGGACAACUUCGCCGAGUUAAAGAACAUCGAGGGCCUCAAAGAGGGUUCCGUCAUCAAGGUGGUCGAGGAGCCCUAUACGAUGCGAGAGGCCAGGAUCCACGUCAGGCACGUCAGGGACCUGUUGAAGUCGGUCGAUCCCGCGGACGCGUACAACGGUGUCGAGUGUAGCAGCCUCUCCUUCCUGAACGUCGUGACCAACGGCGACAUCCUCGAGAAGAAGAAAACCAGGCCGGAGUCCGUCGACUGCACUCCUCCGGAUUACAUAAUUCCGGGCUGCAAGGAGAGGCCGCUCUUGCCCCUGCAGCCCCAGGCCAAGGAACAGAAGUCCCCACCGUGCGUUAAGGUGCUGACGACGUCCGGCUGGAAUCCUCCUCCGGGACACAGGAAACUCCACGGGGACCUGAUGUACCUGCACGUCGUCACUCUGGAGGACAAGCAGUAUUACCUGACCGCCUGCGCCAGGGGCUUUUUCGUUAACCAGUCGACCAAGGAGACCUUCAACCCGAAGCCAGCAACUCCAAGUCACCUAUGCCACAGCCUGAUCGAGCUGCUGAACCAGCUGAGCCCAGCCUUCAAGAGGGGAUUCGCGGCCAUGCAGCGCAGGAAGACCCAGAGGCAUCCCUUCGAGAGAGUGGCCACUCCCUAUCAGCUCUAUGCCUGGUGUGCCCCGCACAUUGAACAUACUAUUGAUGCCAUUCGCGCCGAAGACACGUUCUCUUCCAAGUUGGGCUACGAGGAGCACAUCCCAGGACAGACGAGAGACUGGAACGAGGAGUUGCAGACCACGCGUGAGCUUCCCCGAAAGAAUCUUCCGGAAAGGGUGUUACGAGAGCGGGCGAUCUUCAAGGUCCACAGCGAUUUCGUAGCGGCUGCGACCCGUGGCGCCGUCGCCGUGAUAGACGGCAACGUGAUGGCCAUCAACCCCGGCGAGGAAGCCAAGAUGCAGAUGUUCAUCUGGAAUAACAUCUUUUUCUCCCUCGGGUUCGACGUGCGGGACCAUUACAAGGAACUGGGUGGUGACGCCGCGGCGUUUGUCGCGCCCCGCAACGAUCUACAAGGUGUUAGGGUUUAUGCGGCGGUCGAUUUGCCGGGUUUAUACACUCUUGGGACCGUCGUGAUCGAUUAUAGAGGAUACAGAGUGACCGCACAGUCCAUCAUACCUGGGAUUCUAGAACGGGAACAAGAGCAGUCCGUCGUUUACGGAUCUAUCGACUUUGGCAAGACGGUCCUAACGCAUCCUAAAUACCUUGAACUGUUGAACAAGGCUGGACAGCAGCUGAAGAUCCUGCCGCACAAGGUGAUAAAUGACGCCAGCGAGGAGAUCGAGCUGUGCAGCAGCGUUGAGUGCAAGGGAAUCAUCGGCAACGACUCGCGACAUUAUGUCCUGGAUCUUUUGAGAACCUUCCCGCCUGAUGUUAAUUUCCUGAAACUGGAAGGUGUCGAGCUGAGCAAGGAAGCGCGAGCCCUCGGCUUUCCCAUUGAGCACAAGCAUCGAUUGGCCUGCCUUAGACAGGAGCUCAUAGACUCCUUCGUCGAGGCCAGAUACGUGCAAUUCAUCAAACACGCUGCCGUUCAUCUGCAACAACUCACGUCCGCGAAAAGGUCACAAAAGGAGAAAGACACUUGCCUCAAGGAAAUCAAGAAGGAAGAGCAAAACGUUGCAAUUGACAGCAACAAAGAGAACUCUGCUCAAUCGGCCAUCGAAGCGGACGAGGCUAAGAAAAUCGUGGAAAGCAUUACGGACUCGAUAACGGGGGGAGAAAAACAAGAACUGGAAGAAAGCACGAAGGAAAUAGUCCGCAGAGCCGCGGCAGCCGUUGGUAGUCUGAGAGAUGCAGAAUUCGACGUCAGAUUCAAUCCUGAUGUUUACUCACCAGGAGUCCGACAUCCAGAUCCCAAUGGUCCCGCCUUGAAGAAGCAGAGACAACUAGUUCGAGACGCCGCCGAUUUCCUGCUGACGGUACAGCUCCCGACUUUCAUUCGUGAAUGUUUGGAUCAUACCGCUGCCGCCAUGGAUGGAACCACCCUGGUAGAGGCACUUCAUGGUCGAGGUAUAAACGUGCGUUACCUCGGAAAACUGGAAGCUAUGCUGGCCGCCGUUCCACAGCUGCAGUAUCUCAACUCCAUCGCUGUGUCAGAGUUAAUUCUGCGAUCGGCCAAACACGUCUUCACAUCUUACAUGCAGGGGACAGAGCUGAUGAGUCUCUCAGCAGCUAUCAGUCAUUUUCUGAACUGUCUCCUAUCCUCGGCCCAACUGAUACAUCCGCAGCAAAAUGUGGAGGAGCUUCAAAGCAAGACUGCGAAGCGUCGCAACAAGAGAAAAGGCAGGAACAAUGGACCUCAACAAGCAGAAGUCGAGUGGGCCUUCUUGACGCCGAAGUCUCUGUGGCAACAGAUCAAGGCCGAUCUGAAGGGCUACUACGACUGGGAAAGCCCGACGCCGGAGUCGUUGGACAUGACCAUCGAGCACUUCUACCUGCAAAAGAUCUCGCUACUUCGGGGAUUCUGCAUAAAGACAGGAAUCCAGAUACUGUUGCGCGAGUACAACUUCGAGAAUAAAAACAGGGCCACGUUCUUCGAGGAGGACAUCUUGAAUAUCUUCCCCGUGGUGAAACAUAUCAAUCCUAGGGCGAGCGACGCGUACAAUUUUUACACGACCGGGCAGAGUAAAAUCCAGCAGGGCUACUUGAAGGACGGCUACGAGAUCAUAAGUGAAGCGCUCAAUCUCCUAAACAACGUUUACGGGGCGAUGCACCCCGAGAUCGCUCAGUGCCACAGAAUGUUAGCAAGACUGAAUUAUAUCAUGGGCGACCCCGCCGAGGCACUGGCGACCCAACAGAAGGCGGUGCUCAUGUCGGAAAGGGUCAACGGUAUCGACCAUCCAUACACCAUCACGGAAUACAUCCACCUGGCUUUGUACUCCUUCGCCAACGGACAGGUGUCCGUGUCUUUGAGACUGCUGUACAGAGCUCGGUACCUUGCUCUUCUGGUCUGCGGAGAGGAUCAUCCAGAGGUCGCGUUGCUCGAUAGCAACAUCUCGCUGAUCCUCCACGCGGUUGGGGAAUUCGAGCUGUCCCUGCGGUUCCUGGAGCACGCCCUGGCCUUGAACCUCCGCUACCACGGGCCCAGAUCCUUAAAGGUGGCGGUCUCGUAUCACCUGGUGGCCCGGACGCAGUCCUGCAUGGGCGACUUCCGGGCAGCCCUGAACAAUGAGAAGGAGACCUACGCGAUAUACAAGCAGCAGUUGGGCGAGGAUCACGAGAAAACCCGGGAAAGCAGUGAUUGCCUGAGACAUCUGACCCAGCAGGCGGUUGUCCUGCAGAAGAAGAUGAACGAGAUCUACACCGGCAAGUCCGGAGUGAGCCUGCCGCCGAUCCAGAUACAGCCGCCCAGCAUGGGCUCGGUCCUGGACAUGUUGAACGUCAUCAACGGGAUCCUCUUCGUGCAGAUCAGCCAGCAGGACAUCGAGAACUUCAAGGCCGAAAUCGAGAAGCGCCAAAAAGAGCAGUCACCCGAUGGCGAGCUCAAGGCCCCGCGGACGGAGAACAAGAAGGAGCUCGAGGCGACGCAGCCCCGGAAGCCCGAGGAGAAGGUCGAAGGCAUUGACAACGAGAAGAUCAGGCCGACCAAGACCCCCAUAGAAGUCGCGGCGGAGAGCUGAGCUCUCUUUGAGGCUCGGCCCUGACGAGAGACGGAAUCGUUAAUCCCUAGUCCUUCGAGAACCGCGUCCCGCUAAAGGGGGACACGCGAGUCCGACUUUGUCGUGUAAUCGAAAUCAUAGUCAAGGCAGUUUUUCUUUUCUUUUGUAAGCACUAGUUCUUAUCUUUCGUUCUUUUUUUUCCAGCGCAUCGCGUAUAUCCCUCGGUCGGCUGGGAGGUCUCGUGCUAAUGUCUCUCGAAAUUAAUGCAUUGUUGCCCGGCAAUUUUAUGCAAGAAUACGCGCGUAAUUUCAUGAGCACGAGUUAAUUCGUGGCCGGUCAGCAGAGCGUUAACGAACAGGCUGCAUCGAUCACCCCUUCGGUCCCAGACCCGCUUUCAAAUGUUCUCUAACCGACUGAAUCGGAGGGCGAGCGGACAAAUUAACUUGAAGGUCGCUUAUGUACCCUUUCGGACGCUAAAGGGAGGUCUCUAUACCGGGAAAUUUGCAAGACCGCGGCGAACUGAGGCUUAACCAGUCGAGAUCCCCCUCAUGUUGGUCAAGGAGAUGAGGAAGCACCUGUCGACGAGUUAUUGUAGCGAAGAGGUGCUUCCUUGGGAUGAUUUCCAAAACUCGGAGCAGCUCUUCGGAAACGGGGUGCCGAAGAACUUGCAAAAUCGUUCGUUACUCGUCUCUGGGGAGUUGUAACAAGGUCUGGUGCACACUGGCGUGUUUUAGUUGACUUGAAGAAUUCGUACACUGCGGUAAGAACACCCAUAGCAUGUACUGUGUCGUCAUUCAAGAUGAACAUCUAGAAAAAGAAACGGGUAGUUUUUACGCAUGUCAUAGGAGAAGCGUAUGUUUUCUAUUUUGCAACAAAACAAAACAAAUCGAAUAUCCUAAAGGAAUCGAAAACCCGAUAAAUAUUGAGACAACCACUCUUCUUUUUAGUGCGGUCGUAGUAUUCUUCUUUGAAAACAUCUAGAAUCUCCGGAAAAGUUUUUUAUUUUCCAUACUAAAAAAAAGGACAAAAACGAGCAGAGUGGCUAUCAGGCCUAUUUGUUUUUGUGCGGUUCUGUAUACCUGCAACAUGUAAUGGGCGAUCAUCGUAAGAAUACGUUUAACGGAGUUUGAUCGUUCCUAUACGUUUCUGUUCGUUUUUUUCCCCGCAGAGUCAUCAAUAAAAAUUCAGGAACUUGGAUAGAAACAUAACGGUUUUGAUACGGUUUUUAUUCGACCUUGGUUUUUUUUUAACGGUUUUGAUUUCUAUUUUUGGGUUGCUCUUGAUUCUUGCGUUGGUCUUCGGUUGUCGUUCAAUUAUUUAUAUUCUCGUAACUGGCAUGUACCGUAUGGUGUCAUACGAGUAAAUUUCUCACGAGCUCUAUAUACAGGGUAUAACAGAAAUGGUGGACACAGUUUAUACUGCGGUAUCCUUGUUGAAAAAGCAGACGAAAAGUCCUGUACUAUUUUUUCCUACAGUGCAUAAUUUUCCUGGAAUAACUAAUUGAAUCAUAGUUAAUCAAUCGCGCUCCGUUGGGGAAAUCCUUCUUCAACAAGAAUGGCACUGUGUAAACCGUGUUCACCAUUUCUGUAACACCCUAUAUAAUGCAUACUAGUGAAAUGCUCUCUCGUGAAUGUCGUGCAUUAAAAUUUAAGAAACUAAAGCCCGCCGCAGACGGUACUUGUUUUCUUGCUGGAAUUAUUGUCAUGCAGGCAACAGUGCUGGGUGCUCUGUACGGUAUCAAGCAAGUUGCGGUGCAGACUAGUGAUGUGAUGAGUCGAAUACUUUACCAACUCGAGUUACUCGAAUUCGAAAGCAUUGUCAACUCGAGUUUGGACUCGAGUUGAUAACUCGGUGCCGCAUACAUUCGACGCGACGUUGGAUUACUGGUGAGUUAGAGAGUAAAACAAUUCGAAUAACGAUUACUCAAAUAAACAAAUAAGGUACGAUUGAUAUCUCGGUCUCACUCUUACACUCGUAACUCGUUCUCGCCCUUACUUUCGUAACUCGCAUUCGUUUGUACCAAUAACUCGAGUUUCAAUAAAAAUGACUCUAGUUGACUCGAACACAUGCUUGACUCGAGUUUAACGAGUUAAAAUACUCGACUCGUCACAUCACUAGUGCAGACUUCACUUCAGACGAAGCAGGCUACUCAGCAGGCUUGUUCCCAUUAAAUAAAGACGAGGUACCAAUGAGGUGACACGGCAGAAAUUCUAGUUGGCUCUACUGCUCCACUGGCACAGAACCUCGCAAGAAAAAUAUCACGCGGUUAAUUACCGAAAAUCUUUAGCAGCGGAAUUCUGUACAUUACAUUCGAUUGCUAUUGAUACCGUUGGCCAGCACCGCUUUCUGCAGUAAAAUCAAUUUCAACCAUAGUAUUCAACACAGUUACCAACACAGCUCCAAGCAAGCGACCCAGGAAGAAAACAAAUACCAGUAUGCGGAGUAUUUUAAUGCAUUCUCCAAAUGGGACUGAAAAUAUCACAUAAAAAAAAAAAUAUAACAGUUCGAUUUCGGCCUAACCAAUAAAUUGUUGACCAGUAUCAAUCCCGGUUUAAUGGUAAAAAUAACGGUUUCGGUCCGAUUUUUUUUUGGUCCGGACCAGGUCACUGAUGAGAAAUUCCGUAUAAAAAAAUGUCAUCAAAAUUGGACUCCAGCGUGUCUGCUACGCAGUAAAUGAACGUUCCGACUAAAUAGGACCACGUAUAACAAUGCACUGAAUCUGUAUCGGUAUAUACCGCAGCUGCUACGCAAAGUGCACGUAGCAUGGACGCGCGGCAUUGCAACGACGUCGAAGUCGUGUGUUUAAUGAUUUAUCUACUCUUAUCUAACUCUCAUAGUAUUACAAAUCGCAAUUUCGUGCGGCAAAAACACGCAUGUGUGCAUUGAGCCUGAAGGGGGGUUCAGACGUGAGCAUUUUCGUGUGUACGAAUGUGCACGUCAGAAUAUGAGAAUUUUCCCGCGUGUGAAUGCUCACGUCUGGACGUGAAUUUUAUGCGCGCGCACGUUCUAAGGAUGCGCGAACAAGAUCCGUCAUAUGUCGGUCCGUUGAAUGAUUUGUAUGCGAAUGUCUAGUGUAAACUUAUCCGCCAAAACCAUUAAAGUUUACGUGAUACAGUGUACA